GUACAAUGUCCUAGAUGUGAAUUGCUGUUCUCAGUGUAACUAUGAGGUCCCCCUUUGCCCUUUGGUUGCAGCAUUUGUGGACCUUCAGUCUAUGUUUACUGUGGGUGGCAGUGACAAGGGCAGGAACAUUACCACUGAAUUGUCAAAAUAACUGCAUUUGUGCCAGUGACAUCAUUAGCUGCCCUAAGAAGGAGUUGGUGGUGGUGCCCAGUGGAAUACCCAGCUACACAGCAAUGCUAGACCUCAGUCAUAAUAACUUGGUCCGUCUGCGAGCAGAGUGGACCCCAGUACCUCUAAAAAGGCUACACACCUUGCUGUUGUCUCACAAUUAUAUCACCUUUGUGUCUGCUGAUGCUUUCAUCUUAACCCCUCACCUACGGCACCUUGAUCUAUCCAGUAACAAGCUUUACAAACUGGAGGAGAAUGCAUUCAGUGCUUUAAAACAGCUGGAGGUACUAAUUCUGUUCAAGAACUCAAUCGCAGAUAUUGACCGCAGUGCUUUUGAUGAAAUGAAGCAUUUGCAAAAACUCUACCUUAGCCAGAACCAUCUGACACACUUUCCUGGAGAGCUGGUAAAUAAUAGAGAAAUACUGCCUGAGUUAACUCUCCUUGACCUCUCCUUUAACCAAAUAAAACGCCUGCCUGUGUCACAGCUGACUACGCUGCCUGCCUGGCUCAGCAAUGGGCUGUACUUACAUGGUAACCCAUUGACUUGUAACUGUGACAUGUAUGGACUGUUUUGGAGUUGGCAAGUACGACAGCUGUCUCCUAUUGUAGAUUUCCGUGACGAGCUACGAUGCAACUAUUUCUCUAAGGACAAAGUAGAAGCAGUGAAUAUCUUCUCACUCAGUGGUAUUAAGGAUCUAAACUGCAGUGCUGUGACAGAGGCAGGCAUGGAGGUCUAUCUGGGAGACACCGUGACUUUGAACUGUGACACCAAGCAUAGGGGUAUGACUCAGGUAUGGAUUACUCCUGGUAAUGAAAUUAUACAAAUGGAACUCAAUGAGCAUGUGAAGAACCACAGCAUAUCUGUGCUAAAUAAUGGAAGCCUGCAGAUAUAUCCAGUUCGUAUAGAAGACAGGGGGAUAUAUACAUGCUACGCACAAGGAAAUGUUCCGAAUGAGACUCUAUACGUGACACUUAAUGUUUUCAACUUUACACGGCAUGUGCACCAAGAAACACUAAACACUGCUUACACCACAUUAGUUGGCUGUGUAGCCAGUGUCAUCCUAGUACUGAUAUAUCUUUAUCUAACACCAUGCCGCUGCUGGUGCCGGCCAAGAGAUAGAGUUCAAGGGGAAGACAGGGAUAGCAUACGCUCCUCAGUACUCAGUGCCACUCCCAACCAUGAAACUACUAGUGACAAGGCUGCCCUAAGUCGUCAUGUAGCUUUUCUGGAGCCUUCCGGAGAUCUCAGAGGCCAAAAUGGAAAGCUGAAACCCAAUGGUUCACAAGAAACCGCAGGCAUAAAGGGUUCACCAUUUCCACCAUCAUCACCUCAUAGGAAGCUGUCAGACCCUGGAUCCAUAAGUUCAGUAUUCUCUGACACUCCUAUUGUGGUGUAAAGAGUAGAAAAACAGGAAGGCAAGAUAAAUAGCGUGCCCUGGGCUUCCAGCAUGUGCAUGUCAGAUUGGAGCAGAAUAAGUUUUUAGAAAACAGAACCUAGAGAAAAUAAGUAUGAAGGCAUAAUAGAUGAAAACUAAGUAAAGAUAAUAACCUUAAAUAGAGAAGAGAAAUGGAAAGAGAUAAUGCAGCAGGAAAAAUAUGAGAUGUUAAUAGGUUUACCUACCCACAGAAAAAAAAAGAAAAGAACACUAAACUGCCUGAGAUAAUGUAAUCGUAGAAACUAAAAUCAUGUUUGCAUUGGUUCAACCAACUUUGGGAACCUGAGUGCAUGGCAAAACCCUACACUUACUUAGCAACACAUCUUUUAACACAAUAUCCCCAUUUCCAUUUAACAGCAACACUUGUAAUGUGGCUUCUGUAGAUAGAAUGGAAUGCAUUCAGUUGAAAGCUUUGUUGAUUAUUCAAAACCACCAAAGCUAAUUAACCCACUGUAAACAAGCAAAUAUAUUUUACUGAUCAAGUAUUCCUUACUGCUCCUUUUAAGACACUCAUCAGCAUUUUCUAAAAAGCUUUUCUGCAGACAAUAGUGCAAUAUCAGAACUGACAGUAUUAGCUUUCUAUUUAUGCAUGAUAAUUUCUGGAGGCUAGGGAACAGCGUGAGAUGUCUAAAGCAGGAUAUGAGAAAUAAGAUGUUAGCUCAAUGUUCUCUAUUUCUAUAAUACCUCAAAACAAAUUCUCCCCUAUUUUUAAGAAGCACAAUUCUCUCUCUUGGCUAUACCUAAACACUGACAACCCACAUAAAACAAUGAUUACAUUCAAGUCCGCUAAGAGAUUUAAGUAAGUGUUACUUAGGUGUAUUUUUUAAUAUAGGCAGUUGUACAUUCGACUUCUAGUAUCUGUCUACAUAUACGUAUAUAAAUCAGGGCCACCAUCAGGGGGGGAAAACUUGUCCAUUAGUAAGGGGCCUGGCUGUCCUAGGGGCAUAUUCAGGGAACAAAAA